AUCCAGCGACUCCAAGCCCUCCUGGUGAAGGCCAAGUCGACGGAACGGAAGUCUCCUCCCGAGAGCAGGCACCAGAAGGUACUCAACGCUGCCGUCCUGCAGUUAUCCAGGAGCGUCAAAGAACUGCAAGAGGAGAACCAGAGCCUCAAAGCAGACCUGCAGCAGGUGCUGAGACGCUCCCCGGCCUCCAAUAAAGCAAAGAAUUACACGGAGUGGAGCCGGCAGAGGCUGGUGCGGCAGAUUUCGAAGCUGGAAAAAAUGGAGAACGCCCAGCCGCAGCUCUCGGAGACCGGCACGGUGCCGUCCCUCACCCCACCCGCUUCUUCCCGCCUGGAUCGGCCGGCUGCUAAGGGAUCGGAGGCCCCGGGCGAGUGCGACCACGCCUGCAGGCUGGCGAAGAAGCUGCAAGGCCAACGGGUCGUCCUCCGGAAUCAGCUGGCGGCAAAAGAGGAAGAGGUCCAGAAGCUGAAAGAGAAGAUGAGCGAACUGGAGGCCAAGCACGGAGUGACCCGCGGACAGGACGGGCUCGAGAGCACGGGGCCUCCCCUUCAGAGCCGGCCGGAAUCGUCCACCAGCAGUCACCGAUCCCACCCGGGAAGUGUGCCACAUUCAAGGAGUUCACACUCUGGUCGUUCGCCACCGCAUUCUCCCCCGCAUCACAGGAAGGAACGAGCAGCUCGAAUCAUCCAAAGGCGGUGGAGGGCGUAUAAAGCCAAGAUGGAAGAGAUGGAGCUGGAGAAGGUGGCCGUUGGCCUCCAAGCGGCUUUCAGGGGACAUCUGGCUCGGCUACAACUGUUGGCCAGCGAUGCACAAGGUCGGAAUUCUCCCAGCGCUGGAAACAAGAACUUAUUGUCCGGGCCCCACUCUUCAAGAUCGGCGCCAGGUGGCAAAGCAGACCCCGAGGACCUGAGGCUCAUCCAGUCUGUUUUCAGGGCUCACAGUGCACGGACGCAGGUGGAGGAAAGGCCGACAGUGUCUUGCCCCGUGAGCGAGGAGGCACGUCCAGAUGCUGACCUUGGAGAGAGAAAGCCGGUCUGGUCAGCGUUCAAGUCUUCCCCUUUAGUCUUCACCUCCACAAGCCCAGCCCCCUCCUCCCCGUGUUGCCUGCGGCCCUCUCCUGCGCCACCGGCGGACGAGGCGUCUUCAGAUGAUUCCGACGAUAUCAUCACCGUGUCUCCAUCGCCAGGGAAGAAAAAAGGGCCCUUGGAUUUCAGCGGCUCUCCGACACCUUCUGUCCUGCGCUCCUAGCGGCCGGUGGGCGCUCAGCCUGGUCUACGCAUGCUGCAGGACGGCGGGGUGGAAUUGACCGUACCACUUCCAGACUGCGGGGGCGGGGGGUCGCAUUUUGGACCACUCCGUUGCAUAGACGGUUCCUUGCCGAUAGGAACACAGAGCUGGAAAGGACCUCAAGGGUCAUCUGGUCUGCC